AUGACGUCCGACACGCCACCCACAACCGGAAGCUCAAGGAACUCGCCGCCCUCCGCUCGUCCUCGCCUCUACCGGAAUUCUGCGCGGCCGUCGUACGUCUCCAGCCGAGCGCAUCAUCAAGUUUCACGUCCGUGUUUGACUGCUCGCGUGGCGAUCGUGACUUGGACGUCGGAGGUGGGUGGGGGAGGGGCGAUCAACGUCGAGGACGACGGAGGAGGCGGAGUCGUCUUCAUCGUGAUUGGAGAAUUCCUAUCGUCGAGGAGGUCCUCGUCUUCAUUGAAGUGGUCAGGGACUCAGGGACGGCGGAGUUAUCAGCGGAGGCCAUAA